CCUUUCCUCGCCUCUCCGCGCGCGCCACGUGCGUACUGUCCCCUUCGCUCUUGCCUUACCUGACCUUCCCCUCCCUCCGCUGCAUAAGACUCACGGCAGCUCCCUCUCCCUGCCUGUGGCCUUUCCUCCUCCCACGCGAAAGGCCGCUGCUCUGCCUUGGGUAAUUGAUGGAAAAAGCUCCUGCGUCCUCGUCCACCGUCCAUGUCGGCUCUGAACAGCACUCGACGGCACCGCAUGGCCCGGGAGGCCUGCCCGCUGCAGACGACAGCGGGAAUGUCGACGAUCCGCCGCCUAUACCGAGCGCGGGCUCGUCCAGCAGGGAGUCUGUUCUCUUGAACGGCAAAGCCUGCGACGGAGCUCGCGAUACCAAAACAACAAACUCGAUCGUAUCCAUUGAUGAUAUCGAUAUCACCAGCAUCCACCAUCACGCCCAUACCCUGACCCACGCCUCCGUGGCAAGCCUCGUGGCGACCGAUGUGCAAAACGGUCUCACGCACGCUGAAGUAAAUAGGCGUCGUGAGAAGUAUGGCCUGAAUAGACUGGAGGCGUCGGAUGGUGUCAUCUGGUGGAGCAUUCUGAUACGCCAAGUCUCCAACAGUCUGACCAUUGUCCUGGCCAUUGCCAUGGUCUUGAGCUAUGCAACCAUGGAUUGGAUCGAAGGUGGAGUCAUCAAUGCCGUCAUCCUCUUGAACAUCGUAGUCGGCUUCUUCCAAGACUACCGAGCCGAGCAGACUAUUGCUUCGCUCCUAGCUCUUUCUGCUCCAGACUGCAGAGCCAUCCGCGACGGGGGAAGUUUGCACACCAUCAAGGCCGAGGAGCUGGUCCCAGGAGAUCUGGUUCAGCUCGCGGUUGGUGACAAGGUGCCCGCCGAUGUUCGUCUUCUAAACACCAUCAACUUCGCCAGCGAUGAAGGAAUGCUCACGGGCGAAUCGAAGCCCGCCUCGAAAGACGCCGACUUCAUUUCCGCCGUCAAAGAUGACUCGCCUGGUGACCGACAGAACAUGGCCUUUUCUGCCACCACGGUCACUCGUGGACGAGCCAUGGGCAUCGUUGUAGGGACCGGAAUGAAUACGGUCAUCGGUGAGAUUGCUCAAUCUUUGAAAGGCGAGAAAGACGAAAAGGACCUCCUGCGGCCCUGGUAUUCGCGUGCGGGAAGCCGUGCAUUGCACGCGCUGAAAGGUGCUCUUGGACUUCUCGGUACUCCACUUCAAGUCAAGCUUUCAUGGUUUGCCUUAUUCCUAUUUGCCCUGGCCAUCCUUCUCGCUAUCAUUGUCUUCUCUGCCAAUGUCUGGGACAUCGAUGAUGAGACCCUGAUCUAUGGGAUCUGCGUUGCCGUAGCUGUGAUCCCCGAGUCACUCAUUGCAGUGCUGACCAUUACCAUGGCAGUGGGAUCCAAAGCUAUGGCGAAGGGUAACGUUAUUGUCAGGAAGAUGGGCGCCCUCGAGGCUAUUGGAGGUGUCACGAACAUCUGCUCUGACAAGACAGGUACCCUUACCCAGGGCAAAAUGCUUGCGCGUAAGGCCUGGCUCGCAAGCGGCAGGACUAUUCAGGUGGAGGAUGCACAGCAUCCAUUUGAUCCGACCGUAGGCGUCUUACAGCUAGAAGGCGGCAAGCUGCAGUCGGCGCAAGAUUUGGUCGACGAUCUUGAGCUUCGAACCUUCUUCCACGUAGCUGCGCUGUGCAAUGUCUCCACCGUUGCGGAACCCAAAGACGAUGAACCGCACUGGACAGCUACUGGCGAGCCGACCGAAAUAGCUCUGCAUGUCAUGGCCAUGCGCUGCGAAAGUGGUAAGGUGGACACGCUCUCGAGGCAUGGUCUCCGACUCGUGACCGAGCAUUCAUUUGACAGUGAGAUCAAGCGCAUGACAGCGAUUUACGAAGACGCCUCAUCUGGUGCGAAGAUCUGUUACACGAAAGGAGCGACCGAAGUCCUCCUGCCUCUGAUGAAUGUCAACGAGGCGACCGCAAAAGACAUUCUGGCUCAGGCUGAUGCCAUGGCUACGGAAGGUCUCAGAGUGCUGUGUCUCGCUCAUCGGAGACUGCCUCAGGAUCUGAACGACACAUGCGGUGACCGUGACCUCAUGGAGCAGAAUCUGGAGUUCAUAGGACUGGUUGGCAUCUACGAUCCUCCACGACUGGAAUCGGCCGGCGCCAUCAAGCGUUGUCAAGCUGCUGGAAUUACCGUCCAUAUGUUGACUGGAGAUCAUCUGAAGACUGCAACGACCAUUGCUCGCGAAAUUGGUAUUCUUGCACCAGAAGUGGCCGGAAGCUCUUCGCCGAAUGCUGUCAUGACGGCUUCGGAAUUCGACAAGCUGUCAGAAGCGCAGAUGGAUGCUAUGAAUACUUUGCCUCUGGUCAUCGCACGCUGCAGCCCAGCAACUAAGCUCAGCAUGCUUCACGCUCUGAAGCGUAGAGGCAAAUACUGCGUCAUGACAGGAGACGGAGUCAAUGACUCCCCCGCUCUGAAAGGCGCAGAUGUCGGCGUGGCUAUGGGCAUCAACGGCAGCGAUGUGAGCAAAGAGGCUGCGGACAUGGUUCUCACGGACGACAACUUUGCUUCGAUCGUGUCAGCUAUCCGUGAAGGUCGUCGACUUUUCGACAACAUCCGGAAAUUCCUUCUUCAUCUUCUGAUCAGCAAUAUCGCCCAAGUCAUCCUCCUUCUCAUCGGACUGGCCUUCAAGGAUCGGAACGGCGUCUCUACUUUUCCCCUCUCACCACUCGAAAUCCUCUUCGCCAACCUGGUCAGUUCGUCCUUCCUCGCCAUCGGCCUAGGUCUCGAAGAAGCCUCCUCAGACGUCAUGAUCCGUCCACCGCACUCCCUCAAAGCUGGAGUUUUCACCUGGGAGCUGAUUAUCGACAAAUUCAUCUAUGGAACCUGCAUGGGUGGUCUCUGCCUCGCAUCCUUCUGCAUCGUCGCUUACGGCGUAGGAGACGGCGAUCUCGGUGACGAUUGCAACCACAACUACAACUCGACUUGCGACCUCCCCUAUCGCGCCCGAGGCACAGCAUACAGCAUCCUGACCGUCCUGCUCUCCGUCAUGGCAUGGGAAGCCAAACAUCUCGACCUCAGCUUGUUCAACAUGUACCCUUUGGAACCCGGACCGCGAGCCCACCUGAUGAAACUCUUUUACGCCAUCACCAAGAACAAAUUUCUGUUCUACGCCGUCAUGGCGGGACUUCUCACUCCUUUUCCUAUCAUCUACAUCCCGGUCAUCAACCGCGUCGUUUUCAGGCAUUUGCCUUUGACUUGGGAAUGGGGCCUUGUGUUUGGAAGUAUUGUUUGCUUUGUUGCGGCUGUGGAAAGCUGGAAAGGUAUCAAGCGGAGACGUAGGGCUCAGAAGCUUCGGAGGACGAACGCCCGCUCUGGUGACGAGAAGCAGGAACAGCGGGCUUCUGUCUAGGAGUGGAUCUUUCUCUGCUGGAGUGGGAGGUUGAAGCAGGAGCAGGAGCAGGAGCAUCCAACAUGCUUCUUCGGCGUCCUCGUAUGAAUUUGGGAACGUUUUUUUUUUUCGAUUCUGGUGCUUGACGUGCUGUCACGCUCGUUUUGGGUUUUCUUUGGAGGAAGGAAUUUUUAUGGAAAUUUUUUUGGAUUGACGGUUGAGUCAUGCUCCUGGCGAAUGUUGGUUGAGCGAAAUGAUCGCAGAUAGUGGAAUGUGAGGCGCUUUCAACAGCGUGGUGACUGGUGAGGUACUACACUUUUCCCGCUCAUCGUUGUUGCCUUGAGUGUCUAAGGUAGAGCAGAGAUUUGUCGGCCGG